UCCAAGCUAUUGAAUACCGGUACAGUAUGCUAAAAAGAACAGUAAGCAGCUAUGUUUUAUUAAUAUACCGUAGCUGCGUGUGUCAAAUACGGUAUGACUCAUUAAAUGACUCCCGCCUCCUGGUGGUAGAGGGCGCUGCCGCGCUAGUGAUCCUUCUUGCGACUUCCGGUACUGCAGAAGAAGUGACCACGCAGCAAUAGAUCGUUUUUUUUCCCCCCUCUCGCCUGAACUUUUAACUUUGAGGAUUACAUACCAGUAUCUAAAAUAAAACCGUUUUCUAAACUGGACUUUCAAUCGAAGCAGGAGGUAAUAAUUAAAUGAGUAUCUCCAUCGAGACAGAGAGACUUUUAAAACCGAAGGAAGACUUCUAUAAACAAGUUAUCAAUGCUUUUGGUCAGAAGGAGCUGCAAAUGGACUCCAUUUACAAGUACAGAAGACGCGCUCAGUCACACGGGGAAAGUUCUUCCAGCGUGUCCGCCUCUCACGUCUCCCCGGCGGCCGGACCCACGCUACCUCGGCCGCCAUGCUGACGCGGGUGAAGUCUGCCGUGGCCACCUUCGUUGGAGGAGUGAUGCCCGGAGGAGGCGGCGGCGGCGUCGACUCUCGCGGUCCCUCGGAAAAAUUCCCGUAUAGCAGACCGGAGUUCCUGGGUCUGUCCCCGGACGAGGUGGAGAGUUCGGCGGAUCAUCGUGUCAGACCCAUCGUCAUCAUGAAGGAGAGCAAGAGGCUGCCCUGGUUCACCGGAUAUGCUGAGGUGAUCAAUUCGGGGAAGAGCACUCUAAAUGAGGACCAGGCCUGCUGCGAGGUGCUGGCGGUGAAGAGAAGAUCCUCGCUGCCCAACGGAGAGGGUCUGGCCCUCAUGGAGGACCUGGCCAACACCGACAACCUGACUUUCCACUACUGGGCGCUGUUCGACGGUCACGCCGGUUGGGGCGCGGCCGUGGUGGCGUCCCGCCUUCUCCAUCACCACAUCGCACUGCACCUACAGGAGGUCAUUGACAUCCUGUGCGCGCCCGACCUGCAGCCUCCUACCUGCCUGAGCGAGGAGCCCGCCCGCACCUACCUAACCCCUACGUCCCAGCGAGCCCUCACCAGGGCCGUGUCUCUACGAGGGGCGGCGGGGGCACCGGCCUCACCCAGCGUUCCGCCCACGCGCUUCUUCGCCGAGAAGAAAGUGUCGCAAGAAAGCCUGAUGGUCGGCGCCAUCGAGAGUGCGUUCAAGGACAUGGAUGCCCAAAUUGAGAAGGAGCGGGCCGUCAACAACAUCUCGGGAGGCUGCACAGCUCUGGUGGUCGUCUACCUGCUCGGUAAAAUCUAUGUGGGCAACGCUGGCGACAGCAGAGCCGUCAUCAUCCGGGGAGGGGAAGUCAUCCCCAUGUCCAGAGAGUUCACGCCCGAGUCAGAGAGACAGCGACUGCAGUUCCUGGCCUUCAUGCAGCCUCACCUGCUGGGGAACGAGUUCACGCACCUGGAGUUCCCGAGGAGAGUGCAGAAGAAGGACGUGGGGAAGAGGAUGCUGUACCGCGACUUCACCAUGUCGGGAUGGGCCUAUAAAACCAUCCAGGAUGACGACCUGAAGUUCCCCCUCAUUUACGGCGAAGGGAUAAAGGCCCGCGUGCUAGCGACCAUCGCGGUCACCAGAGGUCUUGGCGACCACAGCCUCAGAGUCUACGACUCCGACAUCUUCAUCAAGCCUUUCCUCUCCUGCUGUCCAGAGGUCCAAGUGUACCCGCUGACGCAGUACCAACACGGCGCGGACGACGUCCUGGUUCUAGGGACCGACGGUCUGUGGGACGUCCUCUCCAACCAGGAAGUGGCCGAGUCCGUCACCUGCUUCCUGGCCAACUGCGACCCCGACGAUCCGUACAGGUACACGAUGGCCGCCCAGGAGUUGGUCAUGAGAGCUCGUGGCGUGCUCAGGGAUCAAGGCUGGAGGAUCUCCAGCGACAGGGUGGGCUCCGGAGACGACAUUUCAGUCUACGUUAUCCCGCUCAUGCACGGAAACAUGCUCGACUAAGACACAAACUUGACCCUAAACGUCCUCAUCCCUUCUUGUUCCAUCGAAAAAUAAUCGGAAUUGACAAUUGGACCUUUCUAACCAACGUAAAACUGCUGUGUCGGGUAUUUCUCUACUAAUACACCCUUAAAAUACACUACUGGUUGUGUAGUUGCACACAGGUGUCGCUGAGUGGGAAGACCAAGCAGUCAUGUGAUGCCAGCAGCUUGUAUCUACCAGAAAUUCUGUGUCAAUUGUUUGGAUACAUUUUGGAGUACAAAGUGGAGAAAUAUUUGAGAGUAACAACCAUACUUUCUUGACAAUCUUACAUUCUUGCCAUAAUCUCCCAGCAGGUGUUUCUUAUUGAAACUGUAGGAAGCCAUAUUGUACCUCUAAGGACUAUAUUUAGUACUAAUACUUGUAGCAAUGUGAAUACAUUAAGGUUUUAUUUAAUAUUUGUAUUGUUUACAUGAAUAUUGUAAACCAAAAUGGAUGGCACUUACUGUUAAAAAAAAAUCUCAUUAAUUGAAAGAAGACCCGACUAUCUUUCUGUUCUGUAUACUCUACAUCUGUAAUUACACUGUUUGGCCACUGUGUCAAAGUGGAGCUGUUCUAAAACCUACUUUUGUACCUCAUUGAUUGAGACUUUUUAUUCGUAGAUUGCACAGUACAGUAGUCUGUACAAUUGACCACUAACUGGUAAGACCCGAAUAAGUUUUUCAACUUGUUUAAGUCGGGGUCCACGUUAAUCAAUUCAUGUUUCUUUGUAUUAAAAUGAAUGAUUAAAUAAUAAUAAUGAGGGGACAACCGUCACAUAAUUUUGUUUCUUGUUUUAUUCUGUAAGUAUUUGCGUAAAAUGUUUAAUUUUAUGUAAAUGAUGAAACUGUCAAUUGUUUGUGAAUGUUGAAUUUUGUAUGACGGAAACCUUUCCAACCAUAAUUAAACAAGUCUCUUUUGGGUGGACGUUUUACUCAAAUUGU